CGCCGCCCGCCCCCAAGGUGCGCAGAGCGGGACGUCGGGUUGUUGUUUCCGCGGUCAUGGUACUGAGUCCGGUGCUGGGGAAGCUGGUCAGUAAGCGGGUGGUGCUGGCCAGCGCCUCGCCGCGCCGUCAGGAGAUCCUCACCAAUGUGGGCCUACGGUUUGAGGUAGUUCCAUCUUGGUUUAAGGAGACACUUGAAAAGUCAUCUUUUGCAGCCCCUUAUGAAUAUGCCAUUGAAACAGCAAAACAGAAAGCUCUUGAAGUAGCAAAUAGAAUGCAUGUGAAACACCUGAGAACACCUGAUAUUGUUAUAGGAGCAGACACUAUUGUGUCUGUGGAUGAGCAGAUCUUGGAGAAACCAGUUGAUAAGCAAGAUGCAUAUAGGAUGUUAUCAAGGUUUGUAAUUCUACAUAAGAUUCAAAAUGUGUACAUUUAAGUUGUUUUAAUGGGA